AUCAAGAAAGCUCCAACAUGCACGUCUUCUUAUUGUUAUUAUUACAAUGUGCGCGAUGACAACUCUCGUAGCUGUAGGUGCUUGCUACGUCGACCUUAUCCUCAGCGUCGACCAUUACCCCAAUGAGGAUGAGAAGCUGCGGGCUUCCCGCCUGACUCGUCGCCGCGGAGGGAACUGUCCGAACACAGUCGAGGUGCUCGAGCAAUUGAUUCAUAUCAAAGAGAAACAGCAGGAAGAGAAGAAGGAGAAUGACUUCGAGUCGUUAUCUCCUGUUCUGGUCACUGUCCUUCCGGCGCGAUCGUCGCCUGCGGUACAAUUUGUCCGAGAUUCCUUCGGAGCCCGCGUCGAUUUGACACAUUGUCUCUAUCGUGAAGAUUUCCACGAGCCCGCGUCGAGCUAUAUUAUAAGUAGCCAGAGGACUAGUAGUCGCACAAUAGUCAAUUAUAAUGAGCUCCCGGAGAUGACGCAUGAUGAAUUCAAUGCGCUCAUAGAUCGAUUGGAUGUUAAGCAUUCAGGCGGUGGAAUGUGGUUUCAUUUCGAAGGCCGCAUCCCCGACGUCAACCUACAGAAUAUCAAAUCCCUCCGCAACAGCUUGCCUGCAGCCACGAUUAGUGUGGAAGUAGAGAAGCCAGGCCGUCUUGGCCUACAAGAACUCGCCGCUGAAGCUGAUGUAGUUUUCUAUGCUAAAGGCUGGGCGCAGAACGCCGGGUAUACAGAACCUAAAGCUUUUCUCCAUGCGCAAGCUCCUUUGACUCCUAAAGCUAAAGUUAUCUUCUGUACAUGGGGUGAACAUGGCGCUUCGGCUCUAGAACUCCCAAGUCAAUCAUAUGUCUCUUGUCCGACGUAUAAGAAGGAAGGAGCUAGUGUAGUUGACACUAUUGGCGCUGGAGAUACUUUCAUUGCGGGGAUUUUAUAUGCUCUCAACUUCCAUGGGAGUUCGAAAUCAGAGUCCUGGACUUUGGAAAGGUCACUGGGCUUCGCGACAGAAUUGGCGGGGCGAAAAGUCAUACAGGAAGGCUUUGGUGGUCUGGGAGAGCAGAUGGCCGGGAAGUUGUAGUCUUUGAAAUGGUGCAGAAGAUUCAGCAUAGUAUAUAU